AUGGAGUUGUUAUUUCAGCUCGUUGGAGCCAGCUUGAACGUUCUGUCAUCUGCGUUACAACACAACCCUGGCAACAAGCGCUUUUUCCGGUAUCGAGCAGCUGGCGGAGGAUGGGAAGCCUUGGAACAGGUGAUUGCCAGCAUAGGACUGGGAGGCGCCGAGCCGGAUCCGUGGGUCAGCUGUCAUUUAUUUGGCAAGCUGCUGGCAUUUGCCUUUGAUGACGAAGGCUUGGACCUUCUGGGUCAAUCAAUUGCCAGGAUCCUGCGUUCAGACUCCGAUGCUUCUCAGCCCGUCAACCCUAGUAUCAAGGAUGAUGAGGACCAAUGGGAUCUUGUACUGUCCCCCUCACUCGAACGCCUUGGUCCCGACCUACGCGAAAUCAUCAAGCCUACGUCAUCAAUCAAGUUUCCUGAAAUUCUCAGAGCCCUGGUCAGCUUUUGGAUAUCGAUCCCGCGUCAGUCUGGCUCGUCCGCGUCUCCAAGUUCUGUUUUCGUCUUGGAGACGAUUUUAUGCGCCAUUUCAAACUCGAUAUAUAACCGCUACGCUGUCCAUUCCACGGGCGUUUUGUCGCAAUUCCUGCAUGCUGCUUUUGGUCAAGAUAUCACCUUGGCGACUUCGGAACGUGAACGUCUACUCGCUAUUAGCAAACUGCUCAUGUUUCUUGGCGUUAACCAACCUGCUGAUACGGAAUUCUUACUCUCGGCUCCAGGUUCUGAAGCAGCAGACUUUUGUUUAGAAAUGAUGUCCAAGUAUGCUGGUCCGUCGUUCUUUCAGUUUGACCUCUCUCUGCAAGGGCAUUCCUCCCUCGAAUUGCCGACACUUGGACAAUCGUUUCCUCCGCAAACAUCAGCUGGAUACACGUUCACAGCCUGGAUACGGGUAGAAGAUUUCGAUCCCACGUCUCACACUACAAUAUUUGGAAUCUUUGAUGCCUCACAAACCUGUUUUGUCCUGAUGUACCUGGAGCGAGAUACUCAGAACUUCAUAUUGCAGACAUCCGUGGUUUCCAGCAAACCCAGCGUGAGAUUUAAAUCCGUCUCAUUUCGUGCUAAAACAUGGUACCACGUCGCAAUUACGCACCGGCGACCAAAGACCAUGACUGCCAGCAAAGCAUCAUUAUACGUCAACGGAGAGUUUGCAGAGCAGAGCCGCUGCAAUUAUCCUCUCGCACCGCCGUUGUCCAAGAACCGCCACGAAAGUUUUGCGUCCUUCAACUCAAACCACGUCAGAACAAACCCUGUACAAGUCUUCCUGGGAACCCCGCAAGACUUGUCAGGUCAAGUUGGCCCUGGCCAGGUGCUAUCCCGAUGGUCUUUAGCAUCGGCGCAUUUAUUCGAGGACAUUUUGAGUGAUGACUUUCUGGCUGUUCAUUACGGACUCGGUCCACGCUACCAAGGAAAUUUUCAAGAUAGUCUCGGAGGAUUUCAAACGUACGAGACAUCAGCCACGCUUGGCCUGCGAAAUGAGAUUACUCAUCCCGGACGAGACGAGAGUUCGGAUAUCUUGCGCGCUAUACGGGAGAAAGCAGGCACGCUGUUGCCAGAAUCCAAAGUGAUGCUUAGUAUCCUCCCGUCUGCUACCUUCCCCGAGAAUGUGCAGUAUCUAGAUACUGGCCUGCUUCGGUCACUUCCACGCCCAGCAAUUCGUAACCUUUUUCGUCUGUCAAGCCAAGAGGGCGCACCACUGGCUAUCAAUUGCGCGGUUCCUAGUCUUCCUGACGCUUUCUUUAGAGCGCAAGGCUUUGCAUUCUUUCGUGGAGCCCCCAUUGUCGCCGUCCCUUCCUAUCUAGACGAAAACCUUUGGAGACUUGCAGGAUUCACGCCCCUAGUUUUGAAAUUACUGGAGAGAGCCACGACCCCUGAUGACACUGUCAGAGCUAUCGAAAUCAUGUUCCGCUGCAUUCGUAAGAGCUGGCGAAACAGCGAGGCCAUGGAGAGGGAUAACGGCUACGGUAUCCUGGGCAUGCUUCUACGUUUCAAAGCUGGCUAUGGCGUCCAGACUGCCGGUGAACCAGCAGCGCCCCGAUUACUCAUCUCCAACGAGGAUCGUGACAGCCUCUUGUUCCGUAUCCUGAGUCUGAUUCUUGAGUUUGUGGGUUACAAUCAUGCAGAGCCCAUUGAAUCCUUUAUUGUCAAUCCCUUGGCAUACCGCAUUCUGCUCAUUGACCUUGAUAUUUGGAGAAAAUCCGGACCCCGCAUUCAGGAACUCUACUAUAAGCAGUUUUUGACGUUUGCAGUAAACAGCAAACAUCAUGAGUUCAACAGCAGAAGGCUGACAAGAAUGAGGAUUGUGAAGCGACUCCUCGAUGCGAUGAAGGGCGAAGCAAUUUCUGAAGACGUCGCAACACACUUCAUGUAUGCUUUCGAGGUGCUAGCAAAAUCGAGCUUGAACCAGGAGGUCAUGCGAUCCUUGUCUCUAUUCGUCACCUACGCAUUUCACGCGGCGCCUGGUUCCCAACCCCGAACUCCGAGAGCACCGUCCUCAACUUUGCGACCAGUUACCCCUGGUGCGCUGAGGAAGGCUGCUGCGGAAUCCUUGACAUCAGGUUCACCACCUGCCGGCACCAAAUUCUUGACAAAACGACAGCUCGGGACGCGGGUACUGGGCAUGUACUCGCGUAUUUUGUGCGAAAAGGGCAACUUCAACCAUAUAAAAAAGUUUGCGCGAACGGUGACAAACAAGUGGCUGUUGUACCUGUUGGCAGAAGACGACGCAGAAAUCGUGUUGCAAGCCUGUAGGGUGCUGGCACGGCUACUGGUAUCCCAUGGAUCCGGGUAUACUUCAAAGUUUGCGGCCAGAUCUGGAGGUUUUGUCAUCAUGGCUAGCAGAUUGAAAAGAUUCUGGGGCUGCUCCAAACUGUGGCCAAUAUGCUUCAGUAUCCUGUUUGGAUAUGACGCAGCCAACUUUAGCCUGGAUCAAGGCGUUGACCCGAACUCGCUGCUUACCCUCUUCGUCAGACGAAAGGUUGCGUGCCCGGAAUCGUUGGUCAUCAUAACCUCUAUGCUGCAGUGCGGGUUGAAAGACGUGAUGAGGAAUCAGGUCGAUGUCAACUCACCGACCAAGGGUGCCGUCGACAAUGACCGACGGGUUGGCUUGUCAGAACUAUCUGCAACAAUGACCACCGAGAUGACAAUACCGAGCGAGCAGAAGAGCUCAGAGACCCAAGAGGAUGUCCUGCUCCGAGUGAUUCACUUCUUACUGGAGCUGCAACGUCUGUCUGCGGAUUUUAGGGACUUUGCUCUAUCUUCAGAAUGGACUAGAAUGCUCCUCAAGGCCGUCUAUCCUUGCAUUGUUAGCACCGAUGCGGUUACGCCAGAAAUUGAACUGAAUUCACCCGAUCUGGGAUUGACAUUCGAAGGGAGCGAUGUCAUUAUCCGUCCCAUUGGCAGGAGCACAGUCCCUGCACGUAUUGUGCGAACCAGUAGUGUCGAUGCAUUGUCAUCACCGCAAUCUACACCCCCAAAGGGCACUCCGCUACGACGAGCUUCGUCCUUUGUGCUCCUGACAGCCCUCAAUACCACGCCUGCGGCCCACUUGCGGACAAACUUGGCUCAACCAUGCCCAAAGGACGCGAACAAUCAAGCCACCAGUGCACCAUUGCUCGAAGGGAUGCUGGACCUCGUGCUUGGGGUGUUUCUGGAUCAGGUUUGUAACCGGAAAGACUUUUCCGGUUUCGGGUUAUUCACAAAAGUGCCUCCCGGGUUUCAAGAACACCAAGCGUACUUUGAAACCUAUGUGCUGAAGAAGAUACUCAACAAGACUACCAGCAAUAUUCACCUGGACAAGAAAUCGCUUUGCGAGCCUCGAUUUUUGACAAACGUCUCGCGACUUUGCACGCAAAUGGCUGAAGCUAUUUUCGAAGGGUGGUUUAUCGACGGCCCUGAGGUGAUGAUCGACUUCAUUGGUACAAUUCUGGAGUACCUCCAACGACCAGACAUAGCGAGACUGAAAAGCGUUCGCUUAUGUAACCAAGCCGUGUUAACCAUCCGAAGCUGCCUACUUAGAAUUAUCCUUCUCAAGCUGUCCAACUUGGACAGCUCUACCGUGGUCGAAAGGGAAGCCAAAGACUUCAUGAAUAAACUUGCCUAUUGGCAAAUGCCGAUUCUAGAGUGCUUAGGACAUGAUGAUGAGUACCUUCGACUAUUUUGGUACCAGCUCUAUAUGAAACUCGUCGACGAUAAAGUCUGUGUCAGGCUUGCUGCGGCCAAUCUCUUGAGAAUUAUCAUGGUACAGAAGCCGGACGAGACCGUUGCGCUUAUACGAGCACACAUGACACCCGACCAACGACAACUCUCUUUGGAAUUCCAGAAGCUAACAGAAGUAGAUGACGAGACAUUUGUCCACUGGCUGGACAAACACCGACCUUCUCUGGACAGACUCUUUUUUGAAAACAUGGCGAAAACGUGGGAAGACUUUGUCAGCGUGGAGAACCAUAGGACUCACGAGACUGCCAAGACUCGCCUCAUGAAGCGCAAAAACAGGCUCAGAUCCUGGUAUUCCGAGGGUGUUUUGGCUGAAAAGACUCUGCUAAACCAUGACAUUGGCAACAGCGCAUGGAUGAGGAGCAUAUUCAAUUCAGAGUACUUCAAGUAUCAAAGGAUACUUCAGGAUCAGCAAGAUGACAUGGCCUACUUGGGAGCUGCUUACCGCAAGAUGGAAAAAGACCUUAGGCGACCGGGCGCUGUUUUCAGCGAGUCGUCGGCGUCGACAUGGAAGCUUGACAGAACCGAGGGCCGGAAUCGCAUGCGCUUGAGGCUUCUCCCUGACGCUUCAGGCAUUGGCGCAAAGUAUCAACCCAAGGGGAAGGCACAGGAAGCCGCAAGUUUGCCCCUCAAGGCCAACGCGGCUAACCAUGCUGACCCACCCCAGGAUAGCUGCAGCAGUGCUUCAACGAAUGGUACUCUUGCUGGCGGAAGCGAGAGGACGGGAACAGUGGAAGCAGACUCUGCUACUGGCAAACAAGAUUCUGCAUUCAUGGCCGAGGACGAUUUCGAGCUUGUCGACGACCCAAACGAGCCGAUUGACGGGGAAGAGACGUUCGAGAACAAAAGCCGAAAGGUGAUGCGUCGCCUGGAACAGGGCGAUCAGGUUCAGGCUGCAUACAACAUAUCUCGAAUCACGGGCCUUGAAGCCUGCGAGGGGAUCUUGAUUGUUGGAAGGGAAUCACUAUACAUGAUGGACAAUGUCUUUCAAUGCGCAAGCGGGGAUAUUGUCAAUGUCUGGCAAGCACCCCAGGAGGAGCGAGACCCAUUUACCAUGGUUGUCACUGGCGCAAAGACGCUGGAGAAACGCCAAAGCGCCGGGAUGCGUGAUCAGGACUCUCGACAUUGGAAGUGGAGUGACGUCAUCAGCUUCUCUAAACGGCGUUUCCUGUUCAGAGACGUGGCGAUUGAGAUUUUUUUCACGGAUGGACGGAGCUAUCUGCUCACCACGAUCAACGCCGCUGUCCGAGAUGAAGUCUACGGCAAGCUGCUCAACAAGGCACCGCACACGAGCACCGCCAAUGCGCUGCCAAACCCAGAAGAUGCAUGGCGACUUGAGGAACUGAAGACGUUUGACGAGUUCCCUCAGGGAUUUGGGGCAGGACUGGGCUCCAGAAUUGGCACCCUCUUCAACUCUUCUCCGUCGUAUCCCAUAGUGAAGCGAUGGCAAAAGGGAGAAGUUUCCAACUUUCACUAUCUCAUGAUGGUUAAUACAAUGGCCGGCCGAACGUUUAACGACUUGACGCAAUAUCCCGUCUUCCCAUGGAUCCUUGCCGAUUACACAAGCGAGGACCUGGACCUGGAAGAUCCGGCCACAUUCCGGGACCUCUCGAAACCGAUGGGUGCCCAAACCCAGAGUCGCGUCCAGGGAUUCGCAGAGACCUACAGCGCGCUGAAGGAAAUUGGUCAAACCCCGUUCCACUACGGCACCCACUACUCUUCGGCCAUGAUUGUGAGCUCGUACCUUAUCCGGCUACCCCCUUUUGUGCAGUCCUAUCUCCUGGUUCAAGGCGACAGCUUCGAUCACGCAGACCGGCUGUUCCAGUCCGUUGGUGAUGCUUGGGCAUCCGCGUCCUCCAAGAACAAGACGGACGUCAGAGAGCUGAUCCCCGAGUUUUUCUGCCUUCCAGAGUUCUUGACAAACAUCAACCAGUACGACUUUGGUCGACGCCAGAGCAACGGGGCCAAGGUUGAUCAUGUUACACUCCCCCCCUGGGCAAAAGGGGAUGCCAAUAUUUUCAUCGCCAAGCAUCGUGAAGCUCUGGAGAGUCGAUACGUGAGCGAGAAUCUGCACCACUGGAUUGAUCUGGUUUUUGGAUUCAAGCAGAGAGGAGAGGCCGCUGUGGACAACCUCAACGUCUUCCACCAUCUUUCCUAUGCCGGUGCAAGUGACUUGGACAAGAUCACUGAUGCCAACGAAAGGGCCAUCACUGCUGGUGUGAUACACAACUUUGGGCAAACGCCGCAUCAAGUAUUUGCCAAACCCCACCCGUGCCGCGAAUACACACAGAGUCCGAUCAAGAGAUUAGACUCUUCCGUCUUCUCCCUUUGCUGCCUGCCGAGACCUCUGCUAGAGAGCCAUGAACGGGUUGCAUCGCUGACAUAUGCGCCGAAACUGGAUCGGCUACUGUGCGCAUCUCCUCUGCGGCUGAAUUUUGCGCCGUAUGACAAGUUUCUCGAAUGGGGCUACGCGGACAGCAGUAUUCGGUUUUUCUUUAGUGACAAUCGAAAGCCUGCUGGAUUGUUCGAAAACCUCCAUAUCGGACAGAUCUCUUGCGCUUGUUUUGCCGACUCCAGAACUCUGAUUACUGCAGGCGAGGAUUGCGUGGUCUCUGUGCACACAGUACACACGACUCCAGGGAAGCCGGUGGAGCUUGUUCUACGAUCGAGCGUUUUUGGCCACAAGACACUCGUCACAGCCAUGGCUGUGAGCAAGGCGUUCAGCACCUUUGUCACGGCGUCAGCAGACGGCCAGGCUUUCCUUUGGGACCUCAACCAGCUCACAUUCAUCCGCAAGCUUCCCCUGGUGCGGCACGUGGAAUGCGCCGCCAUGAACAAUGUCUCUGGGGAAGUCCUUCUCUGCUCGGGACCCAACGUCCUCUUGUACUCACUCAACGGGUCACUUCUCGUGGACCAGAAUGUUUGCGCCGAGCAAGACGAUUACGUGCAUUCGUGUGCAUUCUACGAAGGGGCAGGCAACGAGUGGCUCGAGAACUAUCUCAUCUUUACCGGCCACAGCAAAGGCCGGGUCAAUGUCUGGCGGAAAUGCGCUCUCGCCGGCAGGUGGACACUGGAACUACUGAGGAGACUGGACCAUGUCGACGUCAAGAGCGACAAGGAAGGAAACGUUGGUGCCGGAAUAACCUGCAUAACGCCGAUGCCUACGUGCGUUUACACUGGAGAUGAAGAUGGCAGAGUGUAUGAAUGGAACUUUGGGCGAGGAGACCGAUAG